UUAUCAUGAAAUGUUCUAGAACUGUUGGAGCAGUUCUAAAAGCCUGGCUACGAGGUACAGGGAGCUUUAUAAAUACAUGUUAGAAGUGAUCCAGAGAGGUUUACAGUCCACAACUACUACCAGUACAGGCGAGAGAAAAAUGGAUCCUACUGAACUCACUACACGUUGCCUCUCCGAGCUUCCCAGCGAAUAUAAGUUCCUGAAAGUUCUGGGAGAGGGCAGCUUUGGAAAGGUGGUGAGAUGUUUGAACAAGGAGACCAAUGAGACUGUAGCCAUAAAGUUUCCCAAAUACUUGGACGAAGAUACCGUGAAUGAGAUCCCCAUGCUCAGGAAGAUCAAGUGCUACAACCUUGACGAAUACAACAUUGUCAAGUACAUCGACUGUUUUCCGACCAGAGUUGGAAAGGCACUUGUGUUUGAGCCAUUGGAUAUAAGCGUAUAUGACUACAUCAAGAUGAGAAGUUUUGUCCCAAUGCUUCUCAGUGACAUUAGAACCAUCAUCCAACAGAUGGCCACUGCAUUUGAUGCACUUAAGGGGCUCCAGGUGAUCCACACUGAUGUAAAACUGGACAACAUCAUGAUGGUGAAUCAUCUCCAACGACCAUUUGAAGUCAAGCUGAUUGACUUCGGUCUGGCCAUGUACAGAUCAGAGGCCAGGACGGGCACAAUUCUGCAACCAACAGCUUUUAGGUCUCCAGAAAUCAUUUUGGGUUGUCCAUUUUCUGAGGCCAUCGAUAUGUGGGGCUUGGGCUGUGCGAUGUUCCGGAUGAUCAGUGGCUGUGACCCAUUCUCAGGAGAAACUGAACAUGAAAUAAUGCUUAGCAUUGUUGAACUCCUGGGUCAGCCAGCGGACCAUCUUCUUGAUAAAGGUGAACGUACAAGGACUUUCUUCAAAGUUACUGACGACAACGCGUGGAGAAUAAAGACUCCUGGCCAGAGAAGAGCCUAUAAGGAGCACAAGUUCCGGUCUUUGGAUGAUCUGAAAGCAAUGCGUCUGGAGGGAAAAAACAACGCUGAGGCUAUAGAACGAGAGCAGUGUGUCGAGCUCCUGAAGGCCAUGCUGGAAAUUGAUCCGGAUGAGAGGAUCACUCCCCGUGAAGUCCUCGCACAUCCAUUCAUCACCAAAGACUUCCUGAAUGUCCAGACUGACGUGGUCGAGAUAUCGACAAGUUCAGGCUUUGAAUAUGGGCCUCCUGCCGCUCCUCUGAAGGAUGAAGACAGCAUUAGCAUCCAAGAAGACGACGGCACUCCAUCUCCAGAAAUUCUCCCAUCAGGUGUGAUCCUGGUUCAGCCCGUGACCGCCGAGAACACCCUGCUGCUGGAAGAUCUGGAGAGUACUUUUAGCAGGCCUCCUGCAUCUCCUCUGAAGGAGAAAGACAGCAUGAGCAUCCAAGGACAUGACUGCACUCCAUAUCCAGAAAUUCUCCCAUCAGGUGUGAUCCUGGUUCGGCCUGUGACUGCCGAGAACACCCUGCUGCUGGAAGAUCUGGAGAGUAUAGCUAGUUGGCCUCCUGCAUCUCCUCUGAAGGAGGAAGACAGCAUUAGCAUCCAAGAAGACGACGGCACUCCAUAUCCAGAAAUUCUCCCAGCAGGUGUGAUCCUGGUUCAGCCUGUGACCGCCGAGAACACCCUGCUGCUGGACGAGCUGGAGAGUACAGAUAGUUUUCAGUCCGAGUUGUACGAGACAUCAGGGUCAGCGAGAGACACUGACAGUAACCUGGAGAUAUCAGAGGACUCCACCGCAUGUGAAGACACCGGGACAAAGAAGAAGGGGAAGAAGAGGAAGAAUAGCUUCAGACACAUUGUCUCUUGGUUGAAGAGGACUUUCAAUCGUGUUUCCCCCACUGAUUAGGGAUGUGUGACGUAAUGUUCUGUUUGGCAUGGCUUUCUGGGCUUUUGGGGAGUUUUGCAAUCAAAAUUGUCAUUGUUGGGUCAUUCUCCCUGUGUCUUUGGUUUUCUCCGGGUGCUCCGGUUUUCCAACAAACAUAAAAUAUGUUUGAAAAAAACGUACAGGGAUUGAUCUGACAAUGACAAUAUUUGUUUGGAAAAGUCCCCAUAUCGCCUGAACGCCAUGUAACAGAAAUACAGAACAUUCCCUCCCAUCAGUUCGACUUGCCAAGUGACAAAUUUGCCAACCAGCUGGUCCACUGCACUUCAUAUCAUUUGUGAAGACACCGGGAAGAGAAGAAAAGAAGAAAGAGGUGGAAGAAGAAGAGUUGCUUCCGACCUGUCUUCUCUUGGUUAUGGGAGACCUCCAGCUGCUGUGUUUCCUGCGUCAAUGAGGAUAACGGGUGUCUGAAGCAAAGUUUUGUGUAGGGUAUCUUUAACAUGGUUGCCAUUGUCCACUGAUAUAUAUAUAUUUUUUAUAU